AUGCUAAAAGGAAUUAUGAAAAUUUUAAUCGAAUUAAAUUGUGGAAUUUCUAAUACAUAUUUUCCUAAGUUUUAAGUCUCCACCAUUUAAUUAAAAGAAUCAAUAAUGUAGGAUUUUAGGUAUUUUAUUCAUGAUUAAUUGAUCACAAAAUAGUGGAAUGCAUCUAAUAUAAAAGAGUUUAUUAAUCCUUAAACCUAAUAAAAAGGUAAGAAUUUAUUACUAAAAGUAAUACAUUUUGUAAUCAAUUCACAAAAUAAAUUUAACUGUAGAGCAUUUUUUUUAAAAUGGUGUCAGAACAUCAAGUUUAAGAUUUUUUUAAAAAACUUUAAAGAAAAUAAUUAAAACGACACUCAAAUUUAAUAACAAUAAAUCCUUUGGUUUUCAAAAUCUAUAUAAAAAGUCUAAAUUAAUAAAGAAAUGAAAAAAAUUAUAUUUGAAAAAAUUAUCAAGAACAUUAAAGAUUUUCUUGAAUUGAUGAAGGACUGA